AUGGAUAAAAUUUCAGCUAAAAUUCUACAAGUAGCAGCUCCAGUUAUUGCACCUUCUCUUACUGAGAUUUUUAAUAUGUCAAUUGACUCGGACCAAUUUCCUUCUGAUUGGAAAGCUGCAAGGGUUAUUCCAUUGUUUAAGAAAGGUCAGCGGUCCAUGUUGGACAACUAUAAACCGAUAUCAAUCCUUCCUGUAGUAAGUAAACUUAUGGAAAGAAUUAUGUAUGAUCAAAUGUAUGAGUAUCUUAACCAGAAUAAUCUUUUCUCAAAACACCAAUUUGGUUUCAGACCUUAUCAUUCCACAACUACUAUAUUAUUGGAUUGUACGAACGAAUGGUAUACCAACAUGGACCGUGGGCUGUAUAACUUAGUUGUUUUUCUUGACCUAAAAAAAGCAUUCGAUACAGUCGACCACGAAAUACUGUUAAGUAAGUUUGAAAUGUAUGGUUUCCAAAGGAAAGCAUUAAAUCUUUUACGUUGCUAUUUGACGCACCGAACUCAAAGUUGUCAAUUGGCCAAUAUACUCUCGGUGGAGAAAGAAAUCAUUUGUGGCAUUCCUCAGGGAAGUAUACUCGGCCCUCUCUUAUUUAUUAUGUAUAUAAAUGAUUUGCCAAGCUGCCUAGAACGCACAACUCCAAGAAUGUUUGCUGAUGAUACUAACUUAACGGCAGUAGGCAGAACAAUUAGUGAGGCGGAAGAGAGGGCGAGCGUAGACAUGAGGAAUGUUCAGAAAUGGCUUUGUGCAAAUAAACUAAGUCUAAAUAUAGUGAAAACUGA